CACCUGGCAAUUUUGUCACAAGAUGUCCGACAGUAAUAACCAAAGCCCCGAUUUAGAACCUAGCAGUAAGAAAAUUAAAAUUAAUCACGAAAAUGAUAACACUGUGAGUGAAAAUCAGUUAGAACUGAAAGACUUUAUAUUGGAGAAGGUUCUAAAUAACAAUACAGUUAGGAAACAAGUGUGUUUGCAAGGAAAAUUCAGAGACAAAAGUGGCGUGGCUUUAGUUGUUUUAGAGAAAAAUGCGUUUAAGAACGAGGAUUUGGACAGUAAAGGUUAUUUUUCCGUAGAUACGGAGCUUAAGACAUUUUUCCAGAACGAUAUUUACGGUAAUUACGAGUGUUUUCCGCGCGCUUCCAUCAAUGGAAUAAAGACGUCUAUAACAUAUCCUGCUACAGAGAAGCACAUAGCCAAGUUUAGUCAGCAAGAGACCCACAUCGUGUUGGAGACUCCGGAGCUAUACCAGAAGCUGACGUUACCUCAUAUUGAGAAGGAACAGUUCAAUUUACAGUGGGUCUACAACAUCUUGGAAGGCAAGAGCGAGCAGGACAGAAUAGUCUACGACAACAAGUGUGAGCAAGACGGUUUUGUCCUACUCCCCGAUCUGAAGUGGGACGGUAUCACUAAGGAGACCUUGUACCUGCUGGCUAUUGUCAGACGGAGAGGGAUCAAGUCUCUACGGGACUUGGAUGAGACCCAUCUACCGUUGUUGAAGAGAAUUAGAGACGAAGGAAAGAAAAAGAUAUUCGAGAAAUACCAAGUGCCGGCGUCCCAGCUGCGCGUGUACCUGCACUACCAGCCCUCCUUCUACCACCUGCACGUCCACUUCACGUACCUGAGGCACGAGGCGCCCGGCAUCUAUGCUGAGAAGGCUCAUCUCCUCGACACAGUCAUCGGAAACAUCGAAAUGAUCCCAGACUACUAUAAAAAAGCCACCCUGCCCUUCACCAUUAGAGAAAUGGACAACAUUUUCAAAGUGUAUGAGACCAACGGACACGUACAGAGAAUCGUUAAACCAGAUAUCGAAAAUAUCGAGUUAAUUGAUAAGUAAAACAUUUAGAAAGUAA